AUGUUUAUUACUGAAGUACUAAAUGGCCAUCCUAGACGCUGUUAUGAGAUGUUUAGACUGAACGUACCAGUUUUUAGACAAUUAUGCAUAGAUCUUGCUACAAAUUACGAGCCACAACAAACACAAAAUGUAUCUAUUGAGGAGUCUGUAGGAAUAUUCUUGAUGACUUUGGCUCAUGGGUGUAGCAAUAAAUUAGUGCAAGAAUUUUUUAAUCAUUCGGGGGAAAUGAUUCAUAGGCAUUUCCAUACAGUUUUGGAAGCCGUGCUAAAACUGAGUGCCGACAUCAUCAAGCCAGACGCAAACUAUAAUGAUGAUGAUUGCAUUGGUGCUAUAGAUGGGACACACGUCAGGGCAUCGGUUCCACAAAAAGAUGAAGUGAAGUACAUUGGUCGAAAGGGAUAUGCAACACAAUAUAUAAUGGUUGUUUGUGAUUUUAAUAUGUGCUUUACAUUUGUUUGGGCCGGUUGGGAGGGGACUGCACACGAUACAAGAAUUUUCGAUGAAGUCUUACAGAUACCAGAUCUUAAUUUUCCAUAUACAACGGGUGAUAAAUAUUACGUUGUUGAUGCCGGAUAUCCAAAUACGAGAGGGUAUCUUGCUCCAUACAAAGACACAAAUAUUCGUUAUUAUUUACCAGAUUUUGACGUGGACAUACGGCUGCUAUUCAAAGCUAGGUGGGCGUUAUUAAGAGACAUGCAUGUUAAUUACAAGUACAAGAACCAAGUGAGAAUUGUGAUAGCAUCGAUGGCAAUCCAUAACUACAUUAGAAAGGUCGGUAGGGCACAACAAGAAUCCUACAAUCCUGUACGAGGUGAUACCGGUAGUGAUGUUUACGAAGAAGGUCCAAGUACACGUCGCACGAGCGAUGCUGAUUUAUAUAUGGCAGCGAUAUGGGAUAUUAUUGCACAAGAUAUAAUCACAUUGCGAAGAUGA